AUGACAAUGUCGCAACCUCUCAAGGACAGCAACGUAAUGAUCAGAAUUCUCACAAUGCUGCUGGCUCAGCCCUCUGAUGUCUGCCUUCUCAUCAAGAUGAUCAUCUUCAGUUUCGCCAUCCGCACUCUCAACAUCCUAGUGAAGAGCGCCAUGAAACCCACAUACUUGCUCUCCGAUCUACCAUCACCCAAACAUGCAGAAGAAGACCUUGCAUCAGCCACCUCUCUUGAAGCCAUAAGAACUUGGUUUUUGUCCAUUCGUAUCUGCGCUCAGACCAAAGCAAACACUACCAACAAGCCAUGUACAAAGAUCAGGAAGUCUAGAUGCAGCAUCUCUCCCAAGUUUGACAAGAUACCGCAGAACCCUGGUGUUCAGUGCGCGACCAUGUGA